GAUCUCAGAGAGAAGGUGAUUGGAUGGCUCUUGACGUAGGAAAACGUCCUAAGAAAGAACUUGCCUGCUCACCUAUCACACAAUGCAUCUGUCAGAGCUUUAGGAAUAGAGUUGGAGAAUUUGGCAGGUACACCGGCACCAAAAAUUUUAGGAAACCUGUUACACCGGUGUUUCUCACACCUAAUGCUGCCUUGUAUGCGAGAAAAUUUUCACACCCGUCUUUCCUUGUCAAACACAGCUAUCGAUCCAAACAAUUUAAGGUUUUUGUUUAUUCAUCUGGAUGUCCAAAGAGAAUUGCCAUUGCUGACGCACGACUCACACGCACUUGGAGUUUGAUGACCUUUCCAUGCAAGCUAAAAUUGUUCCCAUUUGCAUCAUACUUUCGUAAUAUAGCCAAGCGUGAAUGGAUGAAGAACUUUUGGCGUGAUACCUUUCGUUCGUUGAAAUUACCCAGGCGCUGGCAUGGACACGAAGUUAGGCUGGGACCGUACUUUGAUCUUGCGGUAUUGGAGAAUUUCGGGUUUAGUUUAUGUUCGAAAUUCUACACGCAUGUCCUCAACACCGCGAAACUGGUCUGGUUAGAAGAACACCAAGAUUUUUACUUGACCUGGACGUCGAUAUCUUCGUGGCAACUUACACACAGUGCUACCAAAAAUACACUGAAAAAAAACGAAACCUCUUUCUGUUAUUGUUGGCACACAAUACCAGAGCACGCGAACUCUAUCGGAACUCUUAUCACACAAGAUAUUUCCGUGAACAUGUUAGGCAUAUUAGCCAUAGGCUUCAACCUCUGGGCCUCUACAAUUAUCUUCUUCUGCAGGCCCAUUCUGUCGUUAGCCGAUGUCCUGUUCGAAGGUGCCGUGACGAAGAACGUGGGCUACCUAAUGGAUUCCUUCAGUUCUUCGGCAACGACGGAUAACACCAGCAGUCACACGUACAACAAGUAUAAUGAUAAUAGUGCAUUCAGCAGUUGGCCACACACAGCACCGACAGCGACGUCACGUCAUGGAAAAAAGAAGAGAUUACGAAACGUCACAUCCACUUCGAAUUCGAGCGGUAGGCUCUCGGGGGAACCAAAGCGUAGAUCGAUUGACGAAAAUUCUCUGUCAAGCAACAUGACCUCAGCAAGUUCGACGUCUCGAGACGGAAAGAGAAGAGACCAAACCUCCGUGCCCAUGAGAAUUCGCCAAUCGAUAAAGAGUCAUCAGUCGUUCCCACGCGUUGACAAUACUGUGAACCCCGUUUCAAUAACGAAACCAAAAUCUGUCAAGACCACCAUACGACACAUGCCCCCGGAGAUAAUGUUAUGCAUAUUCGAAUCGUUGCCUCACAAGGACAUUCACUCCUGUCUCUUUGUGUGCAACCUUUGGAAGGCUUUGCUCACCCCCCUGUUAUACAGGGCUCCUCAAAUCUAUCACCGGUUUUCCUUUUCCGCGACUUCCCCGACAGAUUCUCCGGUCCAGGACCCCAUGACCGCAAAAGACGACGUCACGUCCUCUGCCGCCGCGAAAUCGAAAUUGGCGUUAAACGCGAAAUCGAAACUUCCCUUGAAUUUUCCCAUCGAACGAUAUGGUCCGCUUAUUAAAAUUCUUGAUUUAAGCGAAAUCGAAGUUGUGACUGACGCCACCGUGCAAACCAUCGCUCUCACGUGCCCCAACUUGCGUCGCAUCAACCUGAAUCGAUGCACGCACAUCUCCGAUGCCGCAUUGGACUCCCUUUCGGCUCAUCGUUGCGCGACCUCCUUGACGUCCGUGAGUUUGGGUGGAUGCCGAAAGAUCACAGACGCUGGACUUAAGAUGCUGUCGAAAUCAUGUCAAGGGCUGACCUCUCUAAAUAUUGCUGAAUGUUGCAAGAUCACCGACAAAGGUGUUCAAAUGAUAGCUCGAGGAUGUCCAAAGCUAAGGCAAGUUCGCCUGUCGGACUGUCCGAGACUCGGCGAUCACUCGAUUGAGGCGUUAGUGAUGAAUUGCCCGCGCCUUUGUUGGUUGGAUGUUUCUCGAAUCGGUCACAUUACUAACUCGGCUGUCCAGUUGAUUGCCAACACCUGUCAAGAAAAUUUGGAAUGGUUGAAUUUGGCACGUCCUUCUCCGUGGGGUGUAAGCUACCCUUCGGCACUGGCCAAUCCUUCGCUACAUCCCGCGACCACACAUGUGCGUCGUCAUGAUAAUGACGAAAUAUCGGAUGUUUCGAUUGCAAUGUUGGCGCGACAAUGUCCAAAUCUUCAAUUACUCGAUCUCUCUUAUUUGAACGCCAUAACGAAUAAUGCAAUCAAUGUCAUAUCAAAUCACAGCUUUUCACUCGUGUGCCUUACCAUAAUUGGAUGCCGAUUGGUGACGUGUGACUCGCUGAGAUACCUGGCACAGCUGAGGAGAAAGUCGGGACAUUUAGGUUGCAUAACGAUGGGUGAUGCAGCCGGUAUCACCGAAGAAGAUAUUGAGAGUAUCACCAACGAACCGGAGGGUUUGUUGAGUGGAUGGCAAAAAAGUUCGGUUGACGAGAAUAGCUUAAAAGAAAUUAUAGGUGGUGCCAGCUGGGAGGACACGGGUGCUUGUCAACUGACGAAUGAACACCCGAUCGAUUCUGAACGAUGGUGUUUUUAUUUGGGAUUCAGUGUUUGGGUUGGUCCUUCAUCUCAUCAGAAUUCCAAAAAACUCACCCCGUUCAUGAACGCAUCGAACCCGCUUCAUCUGUCUCCCCCUUCCCCAUCUCCUCGUACGUACAUAAUUUGA